UCCAGGCUCGUCAGUGUGAUCCAGGAACUACCGGCUCACAAAAAGUGGCUGAGCCAGUUAUUUUCAGAGAGAGGAGGAGAAGCCAGCAGACAGAGAGGACAGGCUGAAGACAUGGCAGACACAGCGGCUGAAGAGGCAGCUCCCGUCUCCAAACAGCAGCAGUCCGGCGUCUCCUCAGGUGAGCAGGACAAAAGUCCCGAGGGUCUGCAGAGCCCCGACAAGCCCGAGCCUGCUGAUGCUCCCAAACACAACGGGACAGAAGCUGAUGCUCCUGUCAUCGAGAACAAGGAGGAGCAAAGUCAGGACUCCAAGACGGCAGAGGAGGUCAAAAUCCAGGAGGAUCUGAAGGAGUCUGAGGACCCCAAGAAGCCUGAGGAGGAGAAGAAAGAGGCAGAACAGACAGACAAAGAGGUGAAAAAUGGAGAAAAAGAGGAGGUCAAACAAGAGGAGGUGAAGGAGGAACCUUUGGGCCCUGAUGAUGUGGUGUGUGACUCGUGUAUCGAGAGCCCCUGCAGGGCCCUCAAGUCCUGCCUCACCUGCCUGGUGUCUUACUGCGAGGCUCACCUCCGGCCUCACCUGGAGAACCCGAAGUUUCAGAACCACCGGCUGGUGGAGCCGCUCAGGGACAUCGAGAGGCGGACCUGCGAGAGCCACAAGUGGCCCCUGGAGCUCUUCUGCAGCGCUGACGCCUGCUGCGUCUGUCAGGACUGUGUGACGGAGGACCACAAGGGCCACAACACCAUCCCUGUGGUGGAGGCUCGCAGACAAAUAGAGAGGGAACUCAGGGAGAAGCAGACUGAGAUGGUGAAGACCGUGACAGCGGCAGAGAACGCAAUCAACAAACUUCAGCUCAACACGGUCUCGAUUGAGCAUUCUGUGACGGAGGUGCGAGACGUGAUCGAGAGCCAGUUCGAGGAGCUGCAGGCAGUGAUGGAGAGGGCGAAGCGGGAGGUGAUGGAGAUCCUGGAGGGCGAGGAGAAGCAGGCGCUGAGGCAGGCUGAGGGCAUCCGGGUUCACCUGGAGCAGAGGUGCACUGAGCUGAAGAAGACACAGGCCCAGAUGGAGAAGCUGUCAAAAAACAAAAAUGAUGUGGAUUACUUACAGGAGUAUUCAGAGUGGAAGAAAGAAGCCACUGAUAUUUCUCUGCCCGGGGUCUACAUCGGCCUGAUGGACCGCCUGAAUUCCUUCAGCCGUGUGAUCGUUGACUCCACGCAGGAGCUGUGUGCCAUGCUUGUGUCCUCAUACAUAGAGAAAGUUAAAGAGACGUGCAAAAAUGACAAGAUGGGAAUAAAGACAACGGUUCAUGAAAUUGUUGCGGCAAAACAGAACAUGUCUAUACCGGAUCCAGUGACGCAUGCCGACUUCCUCAAGUAUGCCGCCCACGUGAGUUUCGACCCUGAUACAGCUCACAAGUUCCUGCGCCUGACAGAAGAAAACAGGAAGGUGACUAAUACCACGCCCUGGCAGCACCCUUACCCUGACAUACCUGAGCGGUUUGAGAACUGGCGCCAAGUUCUGGCGACGGAGAGUUUCUAUCUGGGGCGGCACUACUUUGAGGCAGACAUCAGCGGCGAGGGCACGCACAUCGGUCUGACCUACAAGAGCAUCGACCGCAAAGGCAAUGAGAGCAACAGCUGCAUCACAGGAAACAACUUCUCCUGGUGUCUUCACUGGAACGGCCGCACCUUCUCCGCCUGGCACAGCGACGUGGAAACCCCUCUGAAUGUGGAGAAGUUCACUCGGAUCGGGGUUUAUGUGGACUACACCAGAGGCCUCCUGGCUUUCUACGGCGUGGAUGACAGCAUGACGCUCAUCCACGAGUACCAGGCAGAGUUCCUGGAGCCUCUUUACCCGGCUUUCUGGUUGUCCAAGAAGGAGAAUAUCGUUGCCUUGGUGGCACCAGGGGAGCCAUUAAGGCUAAAAAGCCCCUCUCCUCCCACAUCACCCGCAACCGGAGCUGUGGUUUCAAAAACAGCAGCAUAGCAAAGAUGCAAGUGAUGUCAGUUUGUCAGGGAUCGUUUAAGUGACAAUUCAGCAAUGACUACUGUUCUAUGAAAUGUUUGUGUCCCAACAACAGACAAAUUAUCUGUACUUUAGAGAAAAAAUAUGAGAAGUUUCACCCUGUUGUUUUGUAAAACUCAUAUGAUAAAUUGUGAAUGUUUCUCUUGUGUAUAUUUGGGCUCAAGUCAUAUUUAUACUCCUGUGUACGUUUGGGACUGUUGUUACUUCUCAUCACACUGUGAAUUCUGAGGUGCAAAUAAAAAUGUGUGUCUUCAUU